AUGCUGAAGAAAUUGAGUAAGGAGGACCAGGAUAGAAUAUGUAGUCAACAAGUAAUCACUGAAUUACGAGAUUGCAUUAAAGAGUUAGUAGAUAAUGCGAUUGAUGCUGAAUGCACAGAGAUCUUAAUUUCUCUUACUGAUUUUGGUUCGUCCACAAUAGAGGUUUUGGAUAAUGGAAAAGGUAUAGAAGAGUUGAAUCAAAUAGGAGAAAGAGGAGCCACAUCCAAAUUAGAAAGUUUUGAUCACAUUAACGAAAGUUUGAGUACUUUGGGAUUUAGAGGGGAAGGUUUGAAUUCUAUAAUUAAUAGUUGUGAAAUUGUGGAAAUUGAUUCAAAAUAUGGUAAUGAAGAAAAUAAGGUCGUGUUUGAACAAGGAAAAUGUCAAAUCAUAAAUUUAGAUGAAAAAGAUCAAGGGACUAAUCAAUUUCAUAAAUACCAUUUUUCUGGAAAAUCAGGAACAAGAGUCAAAAUUGUUGGUCUUUUCCUCCCUUAUAUUUCAAGAAGGUCUCAAUUUUUAAAAAAUUUAAGAUUACAGCUUAAGUCACUAAUAGUAUUAAUAGAAGAAUAUGCAAUAUGUUAUCCAAUGAUAAGGUUUCUACUUUCUAAUAAAAUACUUUCAGAUGUUGAGAGAGAAAAGAUUCAUAAAAGAUUAGUUGGUAGUGAAAUUAAACAUCAGAGUAAUCAAAUUCAAUCUCAAUUAAUAAUGACAAGGGGCAAAGUAUCCAGUCAAAAAGAGGUUGCUCAGUAUAUAUGGGGAAAAUCUGUACUUGGAAAUUCUUUAGAUUUUAAACUUGAGGGAGAAGUUUUUAUUCCAAAGUUGCAAAAAUUUGCUUCUAAAGUUGAAGAAGAGUCUUCUCCUUCUAAUCAAGCGUUAGUUGGAGGAAAAUGGAUAAUUACAGGUUUCAUAUCGUCUUUAGAUAAAGGGAGACCAUCUCCAGAUCAUCAAAUAUUCACUGUUAAUAGUAGGCCAGUAGAUUCCAUUAAAAGAAUUUCUCGGGUGAUUUCAUCAAUACAUUCAACUUUAUCAUCAUUUAACAGUAGAAAACUUUAUCCUGCUUUUGUCAUUAAUAUUCAGCUUCCCCAAGCUUUACUUGAUAUAAAUGUUACUCCAAAUAAGAGGAUAAUCAUGCUUCCAGCAAAGGUUGAGACUAUAAUAGCUGAAAGUAUUCAACAAUUUUUACAGGACUCCUACCAAAAUAAUAUUCCUAUAAAAAGAGAAUCUAUUGGUAGCCAGAGUCUGUUAAAUUUUUCAUCCAAAUACCAAGAUACCCAUUCUACAGAAACUAUUCAAUCUCAACCCAGUCAAAAAAAGUUUACUGAUUGCAUAACAACUUCUACACCCUCCCUACAAUCUGACACUUUAGCAGACUCUUUGCAUUUUGGAAGCAAUAAAGAAGAUCGGAAUGAAGAGAAUUCAUCUUCUUCGGAGUCAGAACUAGAGCCUGGAAAGGUUCCAAAAUCUAUUGGAAUUAAAAGGCAAUGCCUGGGUGUAUCUAUGAGAGAAUUCAAUUUAGAUGACUCUUUGACUAACAAAAAGAAGGAAACAAAUAUCGGAAAGCCAUGUUUGUCCUCCUUUCAAGAGUACAUCCCAACUGGUAGUAAAUUCAUAGACGAGGACAAUAAUAAUGGCGUGGGUAAGGAUAAGGAUAAAGACGAGAACGAGAACAGGGACGAGGAUAAGUACAAGGAAAAGGAAAAGGAAAAGGAAAAGGAAAAGGACGAGGACAAGGACAAGGACAAUGACAAGGACAAUGACAAUGACAAGGACAAAAACAAAAACAAAAACAAAGACAGCAACAGGGACAGCAACAGGGACAGAGACAGGGAUUUCGGAAAGCCAGAUAUCUUGGGUCAAGGAGUUUCUGUGAAUCCAAUAAAAAUUCGGUUGAAAAAUAACAUCCCAGUGGAAUCAAUUAUUGAGCUUAGGUAUAAUAAGGCAGAACAAGAGGCAAUUUGGAGUUGCAGAAAAAAUCUUUAUCCACGUUUUGGUAGAAGAUCUAAUCAAGAGAAGGUACCCAGUGCCAGUAAGUAUCUUCCUAAUGAGGAUAUUACUCAGACCAUUAAUAAACAUGAAAAGAGAAGUGGAGUUUCAGAAUUACUAGAUUAUCAGGAUGAUGGAGCUAGCCAUAGCUUUAACUUUAAAAAGCAUCUUUUUGCUCAGCUACAGGUAAUUGGGCAAUUUAACAAGGGAUUCAUAUUAACAAAACUAUCUGUUGUGCAAGGCCAAGAUCAAGAGGAAAUACAUGAGAAAAAAGAAAAAGAGACGGAAUCAAUACAUAUAUUCAUCAUAGAUCAACAUGCCUCUGAUGAGAAAGCUCGGUUUGAAAAGUUAAAUAAUGAUUUAAGCAACAUCCAAACUCAAAAACUGAUUACUCCAUUGGCUAUUUCGUUAUCUCCCUCUCAGGAGCAGUUAGUAAUCAGCUAUAAAGACAUAUUUGAGAAAAAUGGUUUUAGAUUUAUUUUUAAUCAAAAUUCUGAAAUUGGAUCUAGAAUUCAACUUACUCAGUUACCCGUAGUUCUUGGGAUUCCAUUAAAACAGAUAGAUUUUUUAGAUCUUCUUUCCCAAAUUAAUAAAUACAAGGUUAGGGUAUCUACGGAAUAUAAGUCUUUAGAUUUCCAAGAACCUUCUAGUAUUAUUAACAAAGAAAUAAGAGGAAAAAAAAAAUUAGAAAACAAUAAUCAAAUGAAUGAGGAUGAAGAUGAAGAUGAAGAGGAAGACUCCAUUUCAAUUUUAACAGAAGGCCAGGAUAAUAAUAGUGUUACACUAUGGUGUCCGUCAGGACUCGUUCCUAGGCCGAGAAAAAUCUGGUCAAUCCUUGCAUCCAAAGCCUGUAGGAGCGCUGUCAUGAUUGGGGAUGACCUUAAUCUCCCCAAGAUGAAAAGUAUUGUCAGAACUAUGAGUACUUUAAAGUCUCCUUGGAACUGUCCUCAUGGUAGACCAUCCAUUAGACAUCUAGGAUACUUUUCAACUCUCUAA